AUGUGGGUAGUUAUUAGCUAUAAAAGAGAUUUCCUUUUUGCAAACCUUUUCUGGAAACGAAAAGUCAUUGUUAUUUGUAUAUUUAUAUUGAAAGGAUUCUAUUUAUGCAUCCUAAUGAUUAGUUUUUUUUUGUUGUUUUAG